GUGUCAAAGAAACUGACAGACGUACGGCUUUCUGAAUGUUGUGAUGUGAUUGUUUGGGCAAUUUGUAUUCGAUUUGUAAGAUUAUCGUUGUUAUUUCCCGCCAAAAAGAAUACAAGCUUAUUUCUUAACCUAAAUCCAAUAAAUAUUCAAAGCACACGAUCAUGGGGAAAAAAACUCAAGCUAGUGCUACCAAAAAUAAAGAAAAGCGCCAAGCAAGAAAGCUGGAACAGCGAAAAAUAGCUGAUGGAAUGUCAAGUGUAACAUCGGCGAAUAAACUGAAAGACAUGGCUACUCUGUGCAAGGAACUGCUGGUGUACCGGAAUAAUGAGUUGGAAGUAGAAAUGUACAUUCAGCGCGUCACUGAACUUGACAAAAAUGUGCUUCAGUGGGCGAUUGACUUGACUGAAAGGAAUAUGAAACGUCUAUAUGAAACCUGUGCUUGGGGCUGGAACCGUGACCGCAAAGUAGAGGAGAUGACAGAUGAAGGUGCAUGGUACCUCAUUGCCAGGGAGAAGAAUGGCACACUGUUGGCAUUCUCACAUUUCAGAUUUGAUAUGGAUUUUGGAGACCCAGUACUUUAUUGUUACGAGGUGCAGGUGGAGGCGGAAGGGCGGCGACGCGGCCUGGGGCAGCGGGUGCUCAUCGUGUUGGAGAAGCUAGCCAACGCCACGCGCAUGCGCUGUGUGCGACUCACGGCGCUCACGCACAACCCCUCCGCGUCCGCCUUCUUUAGAGCUUGCGGCUACAGCCUAGACGAGACGAGUCCACCCAAAGAUGAAGCAGCUCACUACGAGAUCUUAAGCAAGUCGACAGACAACCCCGACGGUGAAUCUUCCGAAGACAAAUGUUCCCUCACUGACGGCAUGCGAGCAGUACAAGUGGCCAAUACUCAAUGACCCCUGCUUCAAACUACUCACUAGUGACUCAAAGAACUUUCCAUAGACACUUAAUUAAUACUUCGAAACUUCUUACAAGUGUGACUCAUUUUAUUCUCGUUCCAUAGACAGUAAUUUAAUUGUUCGGAACUUCUUCAAAGUGUGACGCAUUUUUUUCUUGUUCCAUAGACUUUAGUGUAAUUGUUAGAAUCUUCUUGCAAGUGUGUCUUUAGAAACAUGCCAGUUAUUCACAAACUAUUAUGUUAAUGAUAACAGACAGAAGACUGUAUCUGAUAUUUUUUUACACUGCCGUAGCAAUCGUUUUGGAUUCAAAGAUUAUAGAAAUGAUGACAAUAGAUUGCUAGUUGCUCGAGUAGAAUAUAA